CAUUUCAUGGUCACCUGCUCAGCUUUGUGACUCGUGGUUAAGCAAUCGUCGUGGGUGAUGGAGAGACUCGGCGACGACGAGUUGGGGCUGGUGCUGAGAAGCGUCGUCCGUUGGCGCGACCGCAAGUCCUGCGCCCGCGUCUGCCGGCGGUGGCGCCGCGUCGAGGCUCUCACCCGCUCCGCCCUCCGCGUCCUCGACCCCCAUUACCUCCCCCGAUUCCUUCCCCGCUUCCCCAAUCUCACCGCCCUCGAGGCCGCCACGCCCAUCUCCGACGCCGACCUCGACCUCAUCGCUCGAUCCUGCCCUGACCUUGAAUCCCUGAACCUCAACGCCCACCGCAGCCGGAUCGAGCUCGACGAAGAGCCCCAAGGCGUCGAACCGCCUGACGUCACUGACGCCGGCUUGUGCGCCAUCUCCAUCUGCUGCCGGAAACUUAAAAACAUCUCUUUGAGGAGGAGGAAGGGAGUCGGCGACGUGGGUGCCAUCGAAUUGGCGAAGCACGCCAAGGGUUUAUCUUCUCUUGAUUUGUCCUGGUGUAGUAAGGUCACGGACCGGGCGGUCGGAGCGUUCUGCGCCUUGAACUCGCUGAUGGUCUUGUGCCUCCGGGGCUGCCCCUUGGUCACCGACUCCGGAUUGGCUUGUCUGGCCAACGGGCCAUUGUCGAGAUCCCUGAGAGUGUUGGACGUCUCUGAAUGCGAUCAGAUUACAGACCUCGGUGUUUGCUUGUUGCGGCACAUCCCGUGCUUGGAAGAAUUGAGUCUUGCAGACUGCGGGCCGAUGAUUACGGAUGUGGGAGGCAUCGCCAUUGCGUCUAUCGUUGGCCUUCAGAGUCUUGAUCUUUCGUGGCUAAUCAAUUUGUCCGAUGCCACACUUAUUGCGCUGGCUCGGAACUGCAGGAACAUGGUUGAGAUCAACGUGACGGGUUGUGAAUUGGUUACUGGUGUGGGGAUUCUUUCCUACUCGAACCACCCGGCACUAAAGAUCCUUGUCUUAGCUUCGUGUUAUGGUAUCUCUGCCAACGAUGUCGAGCGGAUGAUGCUGGCAAGUCCAUCUCUGAGGUGUGUCGGGUUGGACAAAUCAUUGAGGGGUUGGAUGCCAUCUUCGGUACAGGAGAACCUGUCUCAUAUCUGCAGGAUAGAUUGGCUUUGAGAUGUCGAUGCAAUGGACAAUGUUGGUAGGUGAACUCAGAUUUGGAACCUCAAGCACGAAGCAACUAGCUAUGCUGUUAUAGGAUUGAUCAUCGCUCAAAUGAGAUGGUCAAUCCAAGUGGAACUCGGAGCUUCUCUAGGCUGUCCUAUUCCAUGGGAAAAUGGAACUGGUCCGAGGGGUUUUUUUUUAUUUUUUAUGGUGAGUGAAGUUUGUCUUGCCUGUUUAACUUAUUGAACCCUUAUAGAUGGUUUUGAUAAUGAACAUCAACUCAACAUUGAAGGAGUAAUAACUUUGUUGUUGACAUUUUAUCAAAUAUUACUUCUGUGAACACAUAGUUGAGGUUUUAUCUUUGCAGACAAUAACGAGGAGCCUAUUGAUCAUGUGUAGCUUGAGGAUGAUGGCAAUAACAAUGAUAAGCAAUAGAAAUAAUAAAGUCAAAGAAAUCACUCAAUCAUUUUGAUACCACACUUUAUACACCCAAAAGUAUGUUCAUUUAUGGCUGUAUAAUUGGCUGCAGAGCCACUGUAAUUAUCGCAAUAUUCAGGAGUUAUGCUCUUUGCACAGGUAGAUUGUCACACAUCUGGGAGCACGCAGGAAAUUGGUCUCUGAUGUUGAAUUGGAUUGGCAAAUUUUACAGCAUGGAGAUUGUUGGUAUCUUUUUAAUGUUGCUCCGUGUCUUAGUGCACAUGUAUUGAUCAUGGAGAUUGUAAAUUUUACAUGGCUUUGGGAAGAUGUGGUUGUGGUGUAAGAGACGUCUGAGAGCUUCAAAUUUUACCGAUAGAAGUUACAAAAUUAGAUAAUCCUGAGGUUACGGGACUUGAAACGCUUCCUAUUUUGAUAUUUCUGUUCUUCUCCAGUCUCAUUUUCUUCUGUGCGCCUCUUUGGAGCUUAGCUUGCAUAAUUCCUUAACAAGAUUAUUAUGUGAAUGCAAGUGUUGCUGCACAUCAACUUUGUGCUCGCUGUAUAGGAGAGUUUUCAUAGUCUCUGGGCAAAGUGCAUGAAUUUGUCUGCAUACAACAUCCUCAGAGGGGAAGAUGUCGAUGGGAAUGCUUUGCCAGUGUAAGAUGUGGCUCCGCAACAUUGUCUUAGGCAAAGAAGACUGAUAUCUGAGCUGCUUGUUUCUUCCCUCCUCCCUUCUUGGUGGAAGAUAAGACUUCAGCACCUUCCACGGACUCUGUUCUGGAGGACUAUGCAUAUUUAUGUGCACACGAACGCUCUGAUCUCUGGGUUUGUGAAGACCCAGCUAAGUUAUAUUAACUAUUUCAAUGAUACGCAAAGGGCUCGCUUUGACCGUCAGGAGUAGGUAAUCCGUUCAGUCUUUGUUUCUAUUGCAUUCUAUUUCAAAAGACAUUUUGCCUUCUAUCAUUUUUGAAAAAAUUGAUAGACUAGGCUGAGAUAUAAAAGAUAUUAUUUGUUUUGUUAAA